AUGGUGGCCCCAUCUCCGUACCGUACCGCAAUCAUUGAUUGUGUCAAAAGCGGAAUGACGAAUUCAGAGAUCGUUAAAAAGCUGAAAGUGCCUCGUGUUCUCGUUUUUCGAACUGCACAACGUUAUCGGCGUCUCGGUGCUUCAGAUGACAUGCAAAGAAGGGGACGUCCAGUCACCGUCACGACUCCAGAAGCAGUCAAAGCCGUUCGAGAGAAAAUCAGACGCACUCCGGAAAGAAGCGUGAGAAAGAUGGCAAAAGAAUACGAAAUGAGUCGAGAAUCGAUGAGAACUAUUGUCAAGGACAAGCUGAAGAUGAUUCCCUAGCGUAUGCAGAAAGGAGCCUUCCUCAGUCAAAAAAACAAGACAUUCCGGAUGAAAAAGGCUUGAAAGCUGCUCGCUGGCACGAAAGAUGGCUCGCAUCUGACGACGCUAUUUACCGACGAGAAAAUCUUCACUGUGGAGGCGAACAAGGAGGCCAAAAUCAUUGGAUCAUCGCUACUGACUAUCAGAAUGCCUGUGAAAAAGGAAAAAUUCUGAAUAAAACUUCGCAUCCGGCUUCCGUGAUGGUUUUUGCCGGAAUUACCGCUGACGGCAAAACUCCGCUGAUUUUUGUGGAUCCUGGAGUCAAAGUGAACCAAGUAUACUACAGGGAGUAGAUUUUGAAGUUGAGGGUGUUGCCCUGAGCCAAUUCUCACAACAAAAACCGAUCAUGGACCUUCCAGCAGGACGGCGCCCCCGCUCAUCGUGCCAAAGGGACUCAAGAGUGUUGUCGCGCCAAUUUUCCGAGUUCAUCUCGGCUGCUGAUUGGCCUGCUUCCUCGCCCGACCUCAACCCGAUGGACUAUGCCGUGUGGAUAUAUCUGACCGAGAAGGUCUCUUCUAAGAACUACCCAAGUAUCAAAGCUCUGAAGACCGCGCUCAUCAAGAAAUGGGACGAAAUCGACGACGACUACCCUCGUGCCGUGAUCGAUGCGUAUCCAAAGAGACUGAAGGCCGUUAUCAAAGCUAAAGGAAGACGUUUUGAAAACUAUUCUUGAAUUUUGUUUCUAUAUUGUAUGAAUAAAAUUUGUUUCAAGUUUGGUGGUGUUUGGUUGAUUUUCGAGAAAGUUAUAACGUUUCAAACGCGUUUCAAUACUUAUUGCGCACCCUGUAUACCGAAUUUGACCGAAAUUCGCUUCAAAACCUUUAUUUUUUGCAGUUUUAUAGAGAAAGUGUGCAAAAAAGCUGGAUUAGGGUGAACGUUUUCUGCUGUGCUUUUAAAAGGUGACCUUCUUGCGCAGAACACUAUAUUUUAUUUUUGAACCUCUUGAUAGACUUAGGAACUCCGGAGGGGUCUCUAGACGGGAAAAAUUAGUGCUCCCUAUUGGGGUUUAGGGUCUUACCUUUAAGCCCCUAAAGCUCAAGUGGCCCCUAUAGUGGUCUUUUUAUUUUCUGUCAUGAUUUGAAAGUUAAAAAGACGUUAUUGGUAAAAAUUGAUCUAUUUUUUCCUUCAAAAACUCUAAUCUGUUGGAUUUUUUUCCAUGCUCCUCUUCAUAGAGUUCACAACAAUAAACGAUUAGCAUACUCCCCUAGAGAGGCCACUUUGCAAGCGUGAGCGUCCCCUAUAAAAAUAGGUAAGGUGGUCCCUAGAGGGGAACCUUCUAGAGACCCUAAGUUGCCAUUCCAGGGACCUCUUUGGCGUCCUUAAAAAGUUUUGGUCUUGGUUAACUUUUAAUUCAUUCUCGUCUUUCUAGGUAGGAUGGAUGACGAAGACGACAGUUUCUACGAUGAGAUUGUCAUGCGGAGCGAAACGACGGUGGAGAACUUCCGAAGGCCGGCCGAUCCAGAAGUCGACCGGUUUUCUGACGAUUCUUUCGACGAGCCCAUCUUCUCGGCUGCGCGAUCGAAUGGUUAGAAGAUCAGGAAAAAGCCAACGUCUUCUGUUUUUUCAGGAGACGUAACGGCGACUCGGCAGUCGUCUGAGCAGUGCUUCGUCGUCCAUCCGCAAAGACCAGUUCUCAAAGUUGGUAUCAGAAUCCAGGACUCUUUAUUUAAAGUAGACAUUUAGAGAUAAGUGAACUUACGGAAAAAAAAUAAAUUUGAUGUAGAACCCUACUUUAAGAUAGAGUUUUCAAAGCUGGUUAAAUUAUUAGGGUUUCUUCAUAGGAAACAUAUUUUCCUUAGUGCUCCAGAAUAUUUUUUUAUAAAGAUAGUGCUGCGUACUCGGGAUUCAAUGAAGAUCUGGAAAAUCGAAACUUUUUGAAUUAAGUCAAGGUCUGACAUUAACAGAAUGUGGACUUUUUAAGCAGAUUCUGAGGAAUUAAUGAAUAUGCUCAUUUUUAAGAAAAGAAACGAUCUUUGGACACUUAAAAGGACACAGUUUGAUAAUUUGAUGAGCCUUGAAUCAAUUUGAGACGCUGGAUUUUCAAAUCAGUCUCAAAACUGUAUCUUAUGCUAUUUUGUAGAUCCAUAAAGGCUCAAAAGCUCCAGAAAAGCUUAUUUUUUCCACCUGAAAUGGAGAAAAUUCAAAAUUCGAAGUGUUAUGAUUUUAUUAAAAGGCAGUAGACGCGUUUUUUUUUUCGGAUUUUCGAUUUAUUCUUUUUUUUUUUAGAAAGAAGGUCUUCUAGAGCACUUCUGAGCCAUGUUUCAUCGAUAUCUAAACAAGAAAUUUUUUAAAACUUCCCUUGUAAGCUCAAAUAAGACGAUCUCAAUAGGAACUCCCGUCAAACUCGGAGACGCCCUCUCAGGCUUCAAUAGCCGCGACGCCAGGCGCGUCUUCAGAAGCGCCGCCGACGACGCCUCUGCGGCCGCCUCAAGUCGCGUCAGUCGCGUCGACGUCGUUCGCCAGACACGGCAGCGACAAUUCUUUCUUUCACGGAUUCCAAUCCAGCCAGUUCGUUUUUUUCUUGGUUUCUGUGGGGAGCUCAGAAAAUCGAGUUUUUGAAAGGCUCGAAAAUGGAGCUCAAAACAUGGGCAAAGUCUGAAAAAUGUUUCUUCAAGGGGUUUUAGGGUGCAAAAGGAUUCUUUAUGCUGAUAUUUUUGCGCCUUUCCUUAUUAAUUGUAUAACUUUUGCUCCUUUUCUCCUUUUACAUCCAUUUUGGAGACUUCUGUUGUGGAUCAUAAUCGGGGAAAUUUCGCUGCUAUCGGAAAGGCUAUUUUUGACUUUUUCUUAUAGGAACUAUAGUUUCUAAGCCUGUUUUUUCACUUCUCAAGAGUUUCUUGCUAGGCGGGCUGAACGAGAAGCGCUCAAAGCCUCGGAAUUUAUCGACGACGCGGACAUUUCAACCGUCAUCCACGCUGUUUUCUAUCCUUCUUCUCCGGGGUCGACCAUAUCCAUUUAUAUUUUUAAAUUACAGUUCUUAAGGAAACCUAUUUCUAUCCUUAAGAAAAAUUGCAUUUUACUAUCAGUGAGUAAGGUUUAUUGCCAAGAUCGUUCAAAUAAAAAAAAAAUUAAGAAACAUUAUCAAAUCAGUUUCCAAUCAGAAAUGAACUUCAAUUAUGAAAAAAAGGUUUCUUACCCGAUUUUACUUGAGAAAAAACCAAAAUAAAACAGUCGGCUACAUGUAGAAGAAAAUUUCAUCUUACUAGGAAACUGUUAAAUUUAUAUGUUGGAUGUACACUGUUCUUGUAUUCCAUCCAUGAAGCUCAUUCUUUCCAAAAGUUUCCAAUUCACCUGAUCAUGCGGGAAGUUUCAGAAGGACACCAAAAGCGCUGGCGGAUUCUCAGCUGACCAACUCAUUUUAUGCCCAGCCGGCGGCGCCAGGAGAACUGAUCCUGCUGAGAAGACGCGUUGAUAACCUGGUCAGGGAGAAGGAAAAAGUCGAGAAAGAUCUCCGAACAUCGGUAGAUAUCUUUCCUGGCGAAAUAUAAAAAUGCUUUGAAGAUGGUUGACCAGCAAUCGCGGCACGAAUCGAAAAUCAAGGAAAAGGAGGAGGAAAUGAAGAGGAUGAAGCUGGAAAUCGAAGAGCUGGUGGGUCUUUUGAAUAUUGGGAAAAGAGAAUAUUUCUUAUCUUUUAUUUUUUAGAUUAUUUAACAUGGAAAGCGGAGGACUCGAUGAAUAAUUUUAUUAAAAAGUUUAAAUUUUAGUGUUGAAGUUGUCUUGACCAUACUAAAUUUUUUUUUCCUACACAGUAAGAUUUUGAUAGCCUCUAAUUUUAAUAACUCGAGCUUUCAGGUGAGUGCAGCUUAAAGAUUUCAGGUAAUUUCACAAAAUGAGAUAAAAGACCAGAAACCAGAGAUAUGAUAAGAUAUAAUUCAGAAAGCUCAAUGCUUCAUGCAAAAAAUGAAGAAAGAUCCUGUUUCGAUGGCGCCGCCUUCACCGAUCAUUCCAUUGGCCACGAGUACACCAACACGAUUUUCGGCUGUUCCUAACAAUAGGGUGAUUUUUGAGCUCCAUAAUAGAGUUCUAAUUGAAGAAAAUUGAGUUGUUACUGGGCUGUUUUUGGAGUAUCUUGAGAAAAAGAACGUUAAAAAGAAAGCAAAUAAAACGUUUGUUAUCUUUAAGGGUACAAUUUUGGAAGUAACUCCCUCGCAAUUCUUCGAGAAGUCAUCAGUGAUUAAUUUCAAAACUUUACUUCUUUGAGUUGAAGCCUUUUUUAAAACUUUAGAGAAGACUUGGUUUUAAACGAUUUGUUAUGUCUUGAUACUUUGUCGAAUAUAUCUUAAUAUUGCUACCACGCUGCUUUCUGGCGGUUGAAAUGAAGCUCCAAUUUUAUUACUCAGCUUUUGGUUGCGCUGAACCUCGAUCGACUCUUUUUUUGUGUUACGGAACGCUUCUGCGCGCAGAGUAGUUUUUUGUCGGACGCGUCCAGAAAAACACAUUUUUCACAACACCGAGGGGUUUUUAAAUUCGUUUCUAGUCCGUCCACCGCGAUUUGACAGUUUUUGAGUUCCUCCGUCUGUUCUCUUACCGAGGAUUUCAGAAAAACAUGAAAAGAGCAUGUCAACAUGAGAGAAGAAGAGGGCGCACAGAUUUCCUUCCCUUUUAAGACGCGGAAAAAGGACUAUAAACGAAAAAUAGAAGUCACAGUUUGUCGUACCGUGUAGUGUGAAGUUGUGAAAACUAACAAUAUCAUAAAAAAAAGAUGAACUUCAACGGAACUGUUCCAAUUUUAAUUUUCAGCCGAUGAGGCCGACUCCCCUCCAAAACAGGAGAGGUCAGAGCGGAUUCAUGGUCUCCUCGAUGCCACGCCCUUCUCGCGGCGACAUCAGCGUCUUCCGACAUCGUCGCCCGUCUGAAGACGAGCCGUUCAGCGACGAGGACGAAACCUUCGAGUUGAUGCGUAGUCGCGACCUCAACCUCUACUCGACGCCACGUCCAAAAAUUCCCGCUGAAUCGGAUGAACCUCCCGCAAAACGACGUCCGAUGGUCCCUUCUUCUUCCCACGCCUUCCGCUCUCCGGUCGUCUCACAUCAAACAAGAACUCCGGCCAGAGAACCUCCGAGAGCCGUCAAAAGACCGGCGUCCAACCACGACGACACCAAUCUGUCCGACGCCCUUUCCCAGAAAGUGGUGAUUGAACCGGAACGGCACAGCGACGUCGACAAGGCCGACAUCCGACAGAUCUGCAGGAGUUUCGAGAAACAUGCUGUUCAACGACGUCCCAAGCAACGGUCAUUUGAGAAUGACGACAGGAAAAAUAGCUCGGUGGCUCCGAGUAAUCUCAUUCAGAAAAAGGUGCUUUUUUCUUCUACUUUGAGCUUUUGGGCGUUGGAAAAUCUUUUCUAGCCAUAAUACCUUCCCAUCUUUCUAUGUAUUUAAGAGAAGAGUAUGUUGUUCAACAGCUAGAAAUAAAAGCCUUAAAGAGAACAGAGGCGGCUUGGAGAGGCUCAGAGAUAAAGAAAUAUUUAAUUUCUCUGGAGCUCUUUUUUCAGAGUCAGACUGGCUCUUACAAAGUUUUUUGAUAAGCAGGCGAUUUUCCAGCAUUUCUAAGGCCGAAAAAUCAAUUUGAAUAUAAAGAAAGCUAGAGAUCAUAGUGAUUCGAGGAGGUUACAGAGAAAGAGAGAUUAUUUUCUUCUCUGGCGGCUCUUCAGUGCUCUCUCGCUUUUUUUUUAAAUUCAAAGAUCAAGUUCUAUGCCUCACUCUUCACAAUUCUAUUUUUUAAAACUUUAAAUUAACCCUAUAAAAUUUCUUUUUUUUAAAGAUCGUCUCAGCGAAAUACUUGGAACGGUGCAAAAAAGCUGAGAAGGCAAAGGGAAAGAAAUCCGUCAACUUGCUUGUGAGUAAAAGUUUCACCUUUCCCCAUUAAUAUGAUUUUCAAGAAAGAGCAGAACGAAAGAGAAGCAGCUUCGAAAUACCUGUGCCUACGGUGCAAUAUAGUCCCACGACCACGACCUGACGUCAUCGGAAAAAUGACGUUCGACGAAGAUUCUGAAGUGAAGAAACGGUGGGAGGUCGAGGAAGAGAAGAGGGUCGAGGCGGAUCGGGCAGCGGCGUAUCUUCCUUUUGAGGAAUUGGUCUGUUUUGAGAAGUCUUACUGUACUUCUUGCUCGAGAUUUUGAAAGCUUAAAAGUUAUAUCAUCACAGAAAGCUUCUUGAGACGAAGAUUUUGAAAGAUAUUAUUUUUUCAAAAUGCCGAAAUUUUCCUUUUCAGGAGUAUAGAUUGAUUUUUAUGGAUUUUUCUCAUGACGGAACUAUUUUUAGAUGAAGGAACAACUCGCGCAACGUGCCCAAGACGCGAAUGAGAACAGCGAGCCGGUGAAAUGGUCGGAAGAACUGGUGGAAGCUCAAUUCCAAGCGCGAGAAGAACUCAGAGAAGAAUGCCGGAGAGAUUUCCUCUCCAUCACCGGCAGAACCUUGAGGCAGAUCAGAGCUGAGAAGCUCAGAACGUUAGGUAAGGAGAUAUGAAGAGGCAUCGGAGAGACGCUAGAGAAAUCGGGGGUCUGCGUUUCUCUCGCGUCUCUUUAGCCGUUUUUUUCUAUCAGUUGGAAGUGAGAAGCUUCUAAUGAACCCCUUAACAUGAGAGAGGUCAGACAGUUGAGAGCCUCUCUUUCUCUGGACUCUCUUCAGUAGCGUUCCUCUAUAAUUCGUGCUCAUUUUGGGUUUUUAAUAAUUUGCUUUGAAAUCCUUGCUUGUGCUUCAAAUUUUUUUCGAAAUCAAAUUGGAAGGUCAGAAAACUGUGAGUUAUGAGACAUUUUGUGGAGCUUUUUGUUAAGUUUCCGAAUAUUGCCGUAACCUUUUCCGAUAUAAAUAAUAAUUUCCUUCAUAACACUAUUUUAUACUUACAUGGUGGAGAGUUCCAUGUCAGCAACAGGGAAAUUUAAACUAUAAAAAAAAGAAACAUCACUGUAAGUUUUGUCCAUGGAGCAACUUUGCUGCAAACUGCACUUUUGGCGGAAAUCCAACUUUUUUUGUCUCAACUCUGGGGGCAAUUUUCUGCGAAAAUAGUGAUUUUUGUGAAAAUUUACAUUGAUCACUUUUGUUAACCAUGUGCCUUUUGAUAGGUCUUGAAACGAAAAUCAUCUUAAACUGUAAUUAGUUUUGCUUCUUAACGACUUCUGCGCCUUUGACCAAGGAUUUCUGAGCACAAUAUACCUUUUCAACAACGAAUUUAUCGAUUUCCAGAGGUCCAAUACAUUGAGAAGAUCCGAAACCGGGAAGAUAUCGAAGUCACAUCAUUCAAAUACCUUGAAGGUAUGAUUAUCCUCAAUUUUGAGGUUCAAAAAGCUCUUUAGAUGAUUACAUCUGGACGUCGGACGACUCCGAUUCGGACUUCGACGACGUCGACCUCCUCGGCGACUACUGCGAAUGCUGUCGCCAACUGGAGCAACGACAGCGGCGGCAGUCGCGACGCGAGCGAGCCCUUCUGCGACUGAAGGUUUUGCUUAUUUUUUUCGCGGCUUGAAUGGAAUUCUCUGCGCCCUCCUCUUCUCUCAUACAGACGUUCUAUUUUCGUGUUUCUCUGACCUCCCCGGUGAAAGAAGAAAAAAUAAAUUUUUGCAGAUAAAAUGCGUGGACCUCGUCGCAGACAUGUCCAGCAUGACCCUCGACUUCCAGCCGGCCAAGAACAUCUUCGAGAAAAAGAAGCAGACCGUCGCCCCGCCCCCUUCCGUUCAGUUUAUCGAUUUGACUGGAGAUGACGUCGGAAGAGUGGCUGCUCCGGUUGAUGAGCUCAUGGAGGACGAUUUCGACGAGGAAUAG